AUGGCGCUCUCCCGCCGCCUUCUCCUCUUCCUCUCCCUCGUCGCCAUCACGGCGGGCACGGGCACCUCCGAGAUGAUCGUGACAAGGUGCUAUCCGCCGCCGACGCCCACUGUCAACGGCAGCACCAGCGCGUUCUUCCGCCGCGAUCUCCUCUCGCUACUCGACGCCCUCCCCUCGGCCGCCGCGUGGACGGGCUUCGCCUCCUUGCGGACCGGCGGCUCGUUCGCCCGCGGCCUCUGCUUCGGCGACCCCGCGCCGGACUCGUGCUUCCGCUGCCUGUCCGACGUCGGCAGGAAGAUCACCGACCUGUGCGACGACGCCAGCCGGCGCGCGGGCUUCCUGAACGACGGCUGCUUCGUAGGCUACGCCGACACCAACGCGUCCUCCGCCGGCGCGGACGACAACAACAUCAGUGGCGUGUCAUUCUCCGGCGACGUCAUCCCGCGCAUCGACGCCGGCGACGCGCUGAAGCUCACGGCCGUGGCGUGGUCCUUGGUCCCGCGGUCCGUGAACGGCCAGGUGGCCGCCGCCGACGCGACUGCCACGGCGAGCAACGGCGACACGGUGCGCGUGCUGGCACAGUGCGCGACGGACCGCGCCCCGGCGGAGUGCGCCCGGUGCCUGCGGGAUUCGUCGCUGCAGAUGGCCAAGAGCUGGGGGCUCACGCGCAGCGCCAGCACCGUGCAGGCGGUUCUCGGCUCGAACUGCUACCUCCGCUUCGAGAUAUCGGCACCGCCCGUGGGAGAGAAGAUUCGGAGGAUCGUAAAGGGUCACAUUGUCCUGACUGUGUGCAUUGGCUUCAUCAUCGCCGUAGCCGUCGCCGUGCUGGUGGUGGUGAGAAGAAAGGCCGGGAAUACAGAAGCACCAGCGGCGGAAGGGAAGCCAUGA